AUGGCAGGCAGGUAUCGCGGGCUUCGCUUUCUCCCCACCGACGAUGAACUCUUUUUUCAUUACUUGAUGCCGAGGCUGCGCGGAGAACCGCUGCCCGAUCCAAACGUAGUCCGCGACUACGACGUCUACGGCGGCGGCGAUCCCUGGAAGAUCUUUGGCAAGGAUUGGGACGAGAAGUCCUAUGUUUUCACCAUGUUAAAGAAGAAGAGCAAAUCAAGAGUGGAUAGGACCGCUGGCUCGGGUACUUGGAAGGGCGAACAGAAUUACAAAAUCAAGGGUUCGCAAGGUGAAGUGAUUGGCUACAAGAAACUAUUUACUUUCGAACCUAAAGCCAACUCGAGCGAGGAAGCCAAUAAAGCCGAUAAUGGACACUGGAUCAUGUACGAGUUCUCGAAGCAUCCACACAAUGACACGGAGUGUGUCUUAUGCGUUAUCAGCAACAAAUACGCUGAGGAAGCAAGCAAGAAGGCGCGUCGGAACCUGCACAGUAGAGUGCAACUUGAGGAAGAGAGUCGACGAGCAAAGAAGGCACGCCCACACCGCGAUGAUCGCACAAAUGCCAACGACGUUCCUUCCGUCGCCUCGCCACCCUCAACCACCGCCACCGCUCGAGCUCAACCAUCCACUUCUCCACCUUUCAACGAAGACGAAGUUGUCAUUCGGCAGAACAUCUGCGGUUCCACUUCCCCGGAUUUUGCUGGCGACGCCAUCCUCAAUUCGCAUCCGGCAGCGACGACGACAAUGGCCGUGCCGGAGGACAUCCGCUGCACUGCUGAUUUCCCGGCUUUUGGUGGCGCGAACGCUGGUACAUUUUCCACGACGAGCACGGCAGUACCCUCGCCCUACCGGGAAUGGGCGAAACAGUUGAAGAAUGUGGAAAUAAGUCCGUUAGUCAAGCACCGCUUUUGUACAGUGCUCAAGGACCGCGCUCGAGCUCUCCAUGCAAGGAACAACCUCUUUGAAUUGAACACAGGAGGAGUUCCAGCCAAUUUGCCUGAUAUUAGGAGAAUUGAUGAACUUCACCUUCUUAAUUGCAAUUAUUACUAA